GCAGUGUCAUCAAAAUGGCGGGGAAGAGAAAUCCGGCGCAAAACCAGCUUGAAAAUUACUUCAAAGAGAAGGGUAAUUUGGGUAUAGUGACUACGAGUACAGGAGAACCUAUAGCUUAUAAAGAUGCUAGCGUGACUGUGGGAAAGAAGGGACCGAUCGUCUUGAGCGAUUGGGAACUUCUGGAUGAACUCUCGCAUUUCAACAGGGAGAGGAUUCCGGAACGCGUGGUGCACGCAAAAGGCGGAGGAGCUUUCGGUUACUUCCAAGUGACGACCGAUAUUACCAAGUAUACUGAGGCCAAGGUUUUCUCUAAAGUCAAUAAGAAGACGGAGAUGGCGGUACGAUUUUCCAGAGUGGCUGGGGAGCACGGAGCUGCGGAUACGCCAAGAGAUCUGCACGGAUUUGCAAUGAAAUUCUAUACUGACGAUGGCAUUUGGGAUUUGGUGGGCAACAACACUCCGAUUUUCUUCAUACGAGAUCCGAUACUUUUCCCGCAUUUCAUUCAUACGCAGAAGAGAAAUCCGGUUACGAACUUGAGAGACCCAACGAUGGUUUGGGACUUCUUUUCCUUGAGACCGGAGACUACGCAUCAGGUGCUCUGGUUGUACUCUGACAGGGGAAUCCCGGAUGGGUUCAGACACAUGGACGGAUUCGGUUCGCACACUUUCUCGUUGAUCAACAAGGAUCAAAAGGUGACUUAUUGCAAAUUCCAUUUUAAGACAGAUCAGGAGAUCAAGAAUUUGGAUCCAAAGAUUGCCACUCAAUUGGCAGGAAGCAAUCCAGAUUAUUACAUCGAAGAUUUGUACAACGCUAUAGCCAAUGGCGAUUAUCCUUCGUGGACUAUGUAUAUACAAGUGAUGACGCCAGAGCAGGCUGCUAAUUCCAGCGUUGAUCCAUUCGAUCUUACAAAGACUUGGUCUAAGAAGACUUAUCCUUUAAUGGAGGUCGGGAAAUUCGUGCUGAAUCGAAAUGCUACUAAUUACUUCGCCGAGAUCGAGCAAUUGGCUUUCAAUCCUUCGAGUUUCGUCCCUGGAAUAAACGGAUCACCGGACAGAAUGCUCCAAGGUAGGAUCUUCGCUUACCACGAUAGCCACAUCUAUCGUUUAGGCGCGAACUACGCUCAGCUGCCGGUCAACUGUCCCUUCAAAGUGAACAACUUCCAGAGGGAUGGUAAAGCUACCAUAAACAACAAAGGUGGAGCCCCCAAUUACCAUCCCAAUAGCUUCGGAGGACCCAAUUCCGAUUUAAAGUUGAAAAGAUACCAGAACUUUCAGUACGUGGAAGGGAAAAUUGGACAGUACGAUACCAUCGAUGAAGACAACUUUUCGCAAGCUACCGAUUUCUAUAAACGAGUAUUGAAGGAAGACGAACGUCAAAGGUUGGUCAACAAUAUCGUCGAUGACUUAGGAGGCGCAGCGAAAAAGGUACAAGACCGGGCAGUGGAAAACUUCAAGAAAGUAGACUUGGAAUUCGCAAAUAAAGUACGAGACGGUUUGAAGAGAAAGGCAACGGUCAAUGUUUAACAAAACAACAAUAAUUCAAUAGUAUAAUCACCAUUAUUUUUAUUAUUUGUUUAUAUUCUGAUAAUUGUUGAUCUCAGCAAUAAUAAAUACGUUUUAAUGAA